UCGUCGCGCAGCCGAUGAGACUGCCUCGAGACUGGCUCGUUCGUCGGCUACGUCACAGUUUAUCCCUUCCCGAAGAGAAGGUGAGAUGUCUUCGAGGUCUUUUUGAGAAAUCGGUGGUAAAUGCGUUAGCCUGCCGGUUGCUCGGCUCAGUCAGAAACAGAGAUGCUGUGCAACAAGAUUGAUCUUGCGUUCGUGUUUGGUUUACUCGCGUUUGUACACGGGAUGCCUGCAGAGAGUAACGAGAGGCUUCCGCUGAUUCAGUUCACCAACGGUGGGAUCCGAUUCAACUUCGCGGGCUACCACGCUGCAGCCGGCCUAGGCGGUCUUCUGACCGGGUCGAACACGGGCGGUGGUCUCCACGCGAGCGUAGGGACGCCAUGGGGCGGGCAUGCGGCCGCUGGUUUGGGCGGGACACUCAAUGGCGACAAUGCGAAUGCUGGGGGAGGGCUUUAUGCGAGAGCCGGGCUUGGAAACGGGAGACACGAAGCCGCGGCCGGAUUAGGCGGCGCGCUGGACGGAAGUGGAAGAUCGGCGCCCGUUAGGGGAGGCCUGGUCGCCGGCGCCACGACCGGAACCCGUGGACUUGGAUUCACGGCUGGGGAAAUCCCUAGAGAUUUAUUCGGUGCUCGACCGAGCGAUGGGCCGAGCGAUGGAAGGAAUAAUGGGAAAGGGGCGAGCGAUGGAAAAGAUGGAGAAGGAAGUAAUGGGAAAGGGGCGAGCAGAGGCACGUCGCAUAUUCAAAUAAUCUCCCGUUCGGGAAAGGAUUCGAAGAAGGAGAAAAAGAAGAAUGAAAUAUCUACGGAGGACGGGAAACAAGAAGGUGAUUCCUCUUCGUCGAAUAAAGAGAUACGCCAAGUAUUGCCCAUCGAAUCGGCGCCUCUCGCCCAAUUAGCCCCUGUUUUAUCCAACGAGGCGAGCGAAAUCGUGCAAGAUGAUGCUCUUCCUCGUCGAGGCAGAUUGUUUCAGAGGAGAAGGCUGAGGGGAUCUAAAACGAAGAUGAUAAUGGAGGAGAAUGCGGGAGAAGAUCAAAACAACGCGAAUAUUCAUAAGCGUCAGACGAUUUAUUACUCGGACAAACCUGAUUCCUCGGACGGAAGAACGAUGACGAUACCGAGUGAGAACAACAACGGCUUCUUCGAUGAUAUUUUUCAGAUACCAAUAUCAACUCUAAACGCUGUAAACCGGUUCUUAAACAAUAGUUCUGGUUAAUUCAACUUUCGUGUAAAUGUUCGUUUCUCGUAUUUUAUAUUUACAAUUAACGAUAACGAAAUAUAAUUAUUUUAAGAGGAUAGUAAAUGAUAAUUCCUCGAAAGUUUCUUAAUAAAAUAUAUCAUAUAAAUAUAA